AUGCCGUUGAUGCUCAAAAUGAUCGAUUUAUUCGGCGCGAUUCGAUCGCUCUUUAAGGUGCACAGAAUCGCCGAGGACUCUAUGAUGUUUCGGCUUCAUUAUCGGGCUACCGUGGCAGUGCUGCUGGCCGGUUGUCUCACCCUGGCCUGCAAAAGUAUCUCCGGCUCGCCGAUACAUUGCGAAACAAGCGGCUCCGUGGACAAGGCCGUGCUGGAGACCUUCUGUUGGCUUCACACCACGUAUAGCAUGGUGCGCGCGUUCAACUUGAGCAUGGGCCAGGCCGUGCCCUAUCCCGGGGUGUCGAACAGCAAGGGCGACGGGGUGCACGGCCAUGCGCCCCACCCGCUGGUCAAGCAGCACAAAUACUAUCAGUGGGUUAUCUUCUUCUUGCUACUGCAAGCGAUCCUCUUUUAUACUCCGCGUUGGCUCUGGAAGGGAUGGGAGGGUGGUAAGAUUCAUGCCCUUAUGAUGGAUCUCGACAUCGGGCUAUGCUCCGAGGUGGAGAAAAAGCAAAAGAAGAAGAUGCUACUCGACUACCUUUGGGAGAACCUCCGCUAUCAUAAUUGGUGGGCUUACAGGUACUAUCUAUGCGAGGUCCUCGCGCUGCUGAACGUGAUCGGUCAGAUGUUUCUAAUGAAUCGCUUCUUCGACGGCGCCUUCCUGACCUUCGGUAUCGACGUACUCAGAUUCCUCGAAUCCGAUCAAGAAGACCGAGUGGACCCGAUGAUUUACGUCUUUCCACGUAUGACCAAAUGCACUUUCUACAAGUACGGCGUCAGCGGAGAGGUUGAGAGGCACGACGCCGUUUGUAUAUUGCCUUUAAACGUCGUCAACGAGAAGAUCUAUGUUUUCCUCUGGUUCUGGUUCCUUUUCCUCGGCGUGCUCAGUUUCUUUACGGUUUUGUACAGGAUCCUGAUCAUAUUUUCGCCGCGCACGAGGGUCUACCUGUUGCGAAUGAGAUUUCGUCUGGUCCGGAGGGACGCUGUGGAGACCAUAGUGCGUCGCAGCAAGGUGGGCGAUUGGUUUCUCCUCUACAUGCUAGGCGAGAAUUUGGACACCGUGAUAUACAGAGAUGUGAUGCACGAAUUGGCGAACAAACUCGCCUCGAGGCAUCACCAUGGCGUGCCGGGAGUGAAGGGCGAGCUUCAAGAAGCCUGAUCGAGGUUGCCUCGGAGAGUCGGCACGUUCGAUUCACCGUCGCCAUCGUCGCGAUCCUGUCCACCUCGACCGUCCGCAUCGCGCGAUCCUCGACGCAUCCGACGCAGACGGGGCCUGAAAGGACGACGGAUCAACGGGCCUUCCUCGAGGAUCCGCGGCGGUGGAUCCGAUCUCGCGAAGAUGUCUCGCGUCCAUCCUUUCCGCCGGCUGUUGCUCAUCGAACUCGAAGCGAUGCGACAGCGAUAGCGCCGGAUGUCGGAGAUGUCGUCUCUUUUCCUUCCUCCCUUUCACUUCCUCCUUAUCAUCCUCGUGUAUGCGAGUCGCGGUGAGAGGGGAAACGACGCGCCCAGUCGCUCUCUCGGGAAUUAAAUAUUCGAGAAGCUAAUAGUUUCGGCGACCUCAGACCUCGCCUAGCAUGGCGAGAGAAUGAUCCUUACGUUUAGAGGAGAGGCAGCAGGAAUAUGAGACACCGCAGGCGUGUGUAUACGUGUGCACGUAGUUUUCGUCCUUGAAAUUAAGCUAGUUUAUAAUCUUGUGCGACAUACACAUUCACGUAUUACGAUUUAAGAUAAUACGCGCAUUCCAAUGGCGUGGACACGAAGCGUACAGACCAAUUGUCAUCCGAAAAAUUUGUUUGCGCAUUUCUCAAGAGAACGAACGACGUGCAGCGUUUCUCCUGUAUUCCCUAUGUCCGAUCUCAUAUUCCCGCUCUUUCUCCCUUCCAUCUGCGAACAAUGAAAAACGCGACGACCACGUCCUGUUACAGCGCAUUUCGCCGCAUCUUGCAGCACUGGGGAACUGAACUCGUCGAAAUUAUACCGGUUUCAAUCCUCCGGUCGCUCUCGGGCGGAUUCAGCCGCGAACGAAAAGACAGAGACACGACAAUCGGCAACGCGACGGAGCGACGGAAAGGACCAAAACUAUUCUGCUGUGCGCUAUCCCUGGAGAUAGCGAUGUAUACUCGUUAAAAGACACUUUGAAAAAUGGCGAUGCAGAUACGUCGAGCCGGAGAUCUUUAUGCCUUCGUAUCGCUCUCGAAAAGAAUCGCGAAGGAGUAUUACUGGAUAUUCAGAGUAUCGUCAGACGGGAUUAUUUCACUCUCGCGUGGGUAAAAAAUGAUGUACCCUUAAUCAAGAACGAUCUCAGGAACCAUCUAGGAACUAGAAAUUAAUGAAGAGAGUUUCUCGUACGGAGUAAAAUUAAAUUCUCUUUAGAAUUCUUAAAUACAAUUAUAGUCUCUUUUUUUUUAUUACAAUGUGAUGGUGUUUCUCAGAAAGGAGAGCAAAGUAAGUCUCGUAUGACGAUAUUACUCGGGUCUUUGCAAGUUGCUGCAAGACUGCAGAGUGUUCGAAAUGCUAAAUAGAUGCCUGCGUAUAAUAUAGCCUCGAAAAACAACUAUCUCAACACUUGUGUUAACUGUGUUUUGCAAGUAUUACGUAAGAAAGCUCUGGGAAGAAAGAAGGAUUAAUGAAGAUUAUAUUGUGUGAUCGCGAUUUUCGGGCGAUAUUGGGUCCAUUGCGACGGUUUAUUUUGAUGAAAAGUGUAUUUUGUUUCAUCUUUGAAGGAUUCUUGUAUUCGAUUCUUGUGUUUAAGCGCGAUUAAAAAUGCAAGAACGUAAUAUAAUCUAGUCAUCAUAUUCUACGUCUGCGUAAAUAUCGAUCGCGAAUUUAUUUGUUCAUAUGGACACACUGCCACCGAUCGAUACGAUCGAUUUUGCUGUAUCUGUCUUCGUUCUAUUUAAAUGAAGAUAGCGUAAAAAAUAAAGGUACGUUAUC